CUUUGGAGUUGUUUAUUGCAGAAGUUGUACGCUUCUGGCAAGUAAUAAUGUUUCAGCUAUUCUAUGGAUGAACUUGCGCAACAUUCUGUUUAUUCGCACAUCUAGCCAUUUUUUUUUCCCAUUGGAUAAGUUGUGGAGUGGGUAAAAAGGUUAAUUAUCUGGUCAAAUGACAUGAAUGAAUGAGGCAAUGGAAUAUUAAACGAUGUGUUACCAUAGUAAUAGUGUCCAAGUGACGUUUUCCAUUCCCAUUCAAAAGUGUUAGUUUAGUGAUUCUGGGGUAUAAUCUGGGUUCCCACGACUGACGUUUUAGCAACCUUCGGUGCCUGAAGUUGCAAGUGUAUAAAAAGGGCGAUCAACAGACACAGACUAGCGUCAACAGGUAUUACCGAUCUUUUUUUUUAAAAAAAAGAAAUCACAAUCAACAAUGACAGCUACUGUUUCCCGUGAAACCAUGAUUGAAAACUUGCGACGUGCCGUGAAAGUGGCUCAACGGGCCAAGACGUUUGGCAAGCAUCCUUUUGGUGCCAUCCUCGUAGGUCCUGAUGGUGACGUGUUAUUGGAACAAGGCAAUAUCGACACUCUUCAUCAUGCUGAAAGCACCAUUUGCCAUGUCGCAUCCACCAAUUUCUCCACUGAAUAUUUGAAAGGUUGCACAAUGUAUACCAAUUUUGAGCCCUGUGCCAUGUGCGCGGGUUCAUGUUACUGGGCUGGUAUUGGCAGGGUGGUCUACGGUAUGUCUGAAAGCCGUUUGUUGGAAAUGACAGGCAACAAUGACGAAAACCCCACCAUGUCCCUUCCUUGCCGUGUCGUCUUUGACGCAGGACAGCGAAAAAUUGACGUUCACGGACCCUUCCCCGAAUUGGAGGAUGAGAUCAGCGCCGACCACUUGGAAUUCUGGAAAUCCCACGGAUGAAUUAUCGUGCUCAUGAUCGUUUAGAUUACAUGUUAAACAAAUCGUUGGUUGCACUGAAACCACAGUCAACCGGGUUUUUCCUCGAGGAAUCAUCCAACGUCUUUCACUAACUUUUUGUAGGGCCGAUUCAAAGACUCAAAAUCGAGCUUAUUCAUUUGCGCAUGCUUUUUGGCUCAUUUGAAAGACAUCAGUGUCACGCAUGCGCCAAAAAUGGUUUCCGCAUGAGCUUUGUAAAAAGGACCAAUAACCAUUUGUCUACAAUUCACCCUACUCGUGCAUAACUUUUUCUCUGAGUUACAAUAACCGAUUCCCAAAGAUAACUGAACUCAGUUGACGAAAAUAAUGAAAUAAAUAAAAAUGAAGAGAG